GACAUUUUUUGAUUGACACGGCGAGCGAAAAAGCAAGCAAGCAAUAAAAAAAAAGUUUGGAAACGUGCAUAUUGAUGAUCGUAUAUAUUUGCAAGCUAAUUUAAUUGCUGUAUUUUACAGAUUUUAACAUUUUAAGUGUGUCGUUUAAUGGAUUAUUGUUUAUAGCAAGUAAAACAUUGAAGACGAAAUGAUUAUUGAAAAUCCAGACGCUUUCAAAACUUGGUUGACGUCCAUAUUGGAACCCCUAUGUGACGCCGACCCAGCGGCGUUAGCGAAAUACGUGUACGCUUUGGUGAAGAAGGAUAAACCUCUAGACGAACUCAGAGAUGGCAUGGUUGACCAGCUCGACGUGUUCUUACAACAUGAGACCAAGCCUUUUGUGGACAUGCUGUUCAAAUCGCUGGAAGGUAAUGACUACCUGAAGGCGAGUGAGAAGCCGGCGUCGCCUGCGCCCGCGCAGGACGACGCGGCUGAAGCUAAGGCGGACUCUGAGAACCAUCCGCCGGCAAACGGCCCGGCGGCCAACGGGCCCGAGGAGCCCCGACCGCCGCCGCGCGCGCGGCCGCGGUCGCCGGCGCCCCGCCACCGCGUGGUGGUGCGCGCGGUCGAAGCGCCCCGACCAGAGAUCACUAGGGCGCCCCACACUGAACAGACUUUGGUUAAGGUGUUACCACUAACGGAGCUGCUAGAAGAGGCAGUGGACCAGCCUCCUAGAAGAAGAGAUCGAAGGGCCGAUACUCUACGCGACAAAGAUGAUCGUCGGCGACGUCGUUCGCGUUCGUGGGAACGUCGCGUGCGACAACGGAGACAUCCAAGGGAACACGAUCCGAGAGGCCGUCGCCCGCUGUCGAGGUCCCCGUCUCCGCGCGGCCGCUACCGCAACAGAAGUCCGCCGGCGCUGGACAGGCCAACUAGCAGGUCUAGGUCCCGGUCGCCAGUGCCGAUGCGCGACAGAGAGCACGAGCGCGAGCGAGACAGGCUGAGGGUGACACGCGAGAUAGAGCGGGACAGGAUGUCCCGCGAUAGGGACCACAGGGACAGGGUCACCAACUCCAGGGACAGAGAGAGAUCUCGCUCCGCGUCGCCGGCCGACGCCCGCUUGGACCACGAGGCUGCGUUCAAGAGACGCUGUCGAGAUUUUGAUGAGAAAGGCUACUGCAUGCGCGGGGACCUGUGCCAGUGGGACCACGGCGCCGACCCCGUGGUGCUGGAGGACGCGGCGCUCACUCGCGUGCUGGCUGCGCCGCCGCAGCCGCAGCCGCCGGCUGUGCCCGAAUACAACCCGCUGACGCCGGACAUCUGGGGCGCGUUCCCGUUCGCGCCGCCGCCGCACGCGCCCCGCGAACUCAUCGUCAUACCCAGCAGGGCGCGGCACGAGGCUCCGCCGCCGGCGCCGCGUCCGCCGCCGCCGAAGAAGAACUUCGACUACAACCGAUUGGGCUCUGCCCGGCCGCCGCUGCCGGCGAGCGCGGCCAACUGUUCGUUGGAAGUUAAAAAAGUGCCUCGCGGUAUGAACGACAUCACACACCUCAACAACCACUUCAGCAAAUUCGGCAAGAUCGUCAAUAUACAAGUGUGCUACGAAGGCGAUCCCGAAGCGGCGCUAAUCACAUUCUCGAAUCCGACAGAAGCUAACAUCGCUUACAAGAGCACUGAAGCUGUACUAAACAACAGAUUCAUCAAAGUUUUCUGGCACAACCCUGAGAACAAACAAGACAUGUCGAACCAGAACAAACAACACAUGAACAACAACAACAACAACAACGAGCGUAACGGGCAACACCCGAUGUCCUUCAACAAAGUGCUCAUCAACAGGACGGAGCAGAACACCAAAGUUGCUGAGAAACAGCCUGAUAAGUCAAUCCUACAAACCAAAGAGACAGCCAAUGGGCAAGAACCCAAAAAGGAAGCCCCAAAGCCGAUGGAGAAGUUCAAGAUGAUCACUGAAAUGUACAAGAGGGCGCAGGCGCUGCUCGACAAGCAGAUACAGCAGCAGAAACUGCUCAUAGACAAGCUGGAAGCGGGCAACGUAACACCGCAACAGAAGUCGGCUCUGCUCGAAGCUAUCCAGUCCUCUCAAGAAGGCAUCGAGAAACUAAAUAAAGAAGUCAAGGCGUACAGCAAGACGCUGUCUCAGCUGCAGGGAGAGUCGGUGUCGCGCACUAUGUCUCGCCUGCAGCUGGAACAGGCGAAGAAACCCAAGACGAGAGCCGAAGCAGAGAAGGAGAUUCUUGAUGCUGAGUUAGACUUGUUUACUAAGCAACAGGAAGGUCAAGACGUGACAGAGCUGCUGAAGAGGGUCGCGGAACUCAGAAGGCUGAUGGCUGUCAACUUCCCGUCUAUACCUGCCAGCAGGAAACCUUACUCCAGCUAUCGUAUUGUGAAAAGAAAACUUAGAGGCGGUCGUUUCACCUCUCGGUCUUACACAAGAGCGCCGGCGCCGACUCAAUUUCUACACAGCAUGAAUCAAUCAGUUGAUAGGAGACCUCGUGCUCUCCUGGUAUCCGGGUUCGAAUCCGAUGAUCUCGACGCGCUGGUUGCACAUUUCGAGCAAUUCGGCACGAUAACUCACAAGGACGUGAACUUAGCCGUUCCCGAGUUGACGCUGAUGUUCGCCACUCGCGCCAACGCCGAGCACGCCGCGCAAGCUGGCAAACAUUACAACGACAGGACUCUGUCUAUAACGUGGGUGUUGAAUCCAAAGAUACCAGUGCCGAAUAGUGCCGAACGUCCGCAGAAUACGAACGGUGAUUCCACUGCGCACGAAACUAAGGAAGCUGAGCAACCGCGGCCGGCGACUGAAGACGUGUUGCUGGACGAGGAAGAAGACGAAGACGCCGAGGAUCGCUCCUGGCGACGUUGACGUCCACCCGGACGCUAGGCUCCGGCCCGACGUCAAUAGGACUCGAAGAUUAAUGGACAGACGACGCGAUUCGGUGGUGAUAGUCUAUAUAUAUAUAUAUAUGUAUACAUAUUUAUUUAAUGCUAUUUCACUCCUUUUAUCCAUAUAAAUUCUCGCUAAUGUCGCGGCCCAUUUGUUCCGUCGUUUUGACGGCCGUCUUUGUAUGGAGAUUUGACGUACGUCAACGCAACGGAGAUAUGGAGCCGGGCCCUAAACUGUAUUUAGGUUAAAAUAUGUUGUGUCUCAUUGUAACGACGGUAAACAGUUAAUUGAAUUGCCCGCAUACACCAAAUUGU